UACAGAACACAUUUACAUCUAGAGCUAAGAUAGAUGUGAUUGGUAAGGGAGUAGUAGCCAGAUAAGCUGCAAGAAGGAAUUCAAAAAUCUGUAUAUAACAAAGGCAUUUCAAAGGGUCUAUGGUGGAUCUGGAAUUGGGAGCUGAAAAGGACUUUCCCCUCUGGAAUCCGAAUCAAGACACAGCAAUGGAGAUGGUGAAAACAAAAGUACAGCCCAAGAAAAGGCAAGUGGCUACCUUCACUGUACUUAUGCUUUUGUGGGGGGUGGGUUCAGAAUCGCUUCACUAUUCCAUAAUGGAGGAGACAGAAAGUGGCACGUUUGUGGCUAACUUGACAAAGGACCUGGGACUUAGGGAGGGAGAGCUGGCUGAUCGGAGCGCCCAGGUUGUUUUCAAAGGAAGCAGGCAACAUUUGCAGCUUGACCCACAGACCCAUGAUUUGCUGCUAAAUGAAAAACUGGACCGGGAGGAGCUGUGUGGCUCCACUGAGCCAUGUGUGCUACCUUUUCAGGUGUUACUGGAAAAUCCCUUGCAGUUUUUUCAGGCUACCUUGCGAGUCAGAGAUAUAAAUGACCAUGCCCCAGAGUUUGCAGCCAGAAAAAUGCUUCUGAAAAUAUCAGAAAUUACUAUGCCAGGAAAGAUAUUUCCUUUGAAAAUGGCACAGGAUUUAGACGUUGGCAGCAAUGGCCUUCAGAACUACACCAUCAGCUCCAACCCUCACUUCCACGUCCUUACCAGCAAUAGAAGCGAUGGCAGAAAGUUCCCAGAGCUAGUGCUGGACAAAGCUUUGGAUCGAGAGGAGCAGCCCCAAUUCAGACUAACUCUUACCGCCCUGGAUGGCGGGUCUCCGCCCCGAUCAGGAACUUCAGAGAUUCAAAUCCUGGUUUUGGACAUCAAUGACAAUAUCCCUGAGUUUGCCCAAGAGCUCUAUGAGGCACACAUCUUUGAGAACCACCCCACUGGCUCACUGGUUAUUACCGUCUCAGCUACAGAUUUAGAUGCAGGAUCAUUUGGGGAGGUAUCUUACACCUUAUUUCAAGACGAUGAGAUUAACCAAGUCUUCGAAAUAAACGCAAUAAACGGACAAAUUCGACUGAGAAAGACUUUGGAUUUUGAGGAAUUUCAGUCUUAUCAUGUGGAUAUUGAGGCCACAGAUGGUGGGGGCCUAACAGGAAAAUGCUCUUUAAUCGUUCAGGUCCUGGACGUGAAUGACAAUGCUCCUGAAUUGACUAUGUCCUCACUUAACAGCCCUGUAGCUGAAAACUUGCCAGGAAUAAUAGUGGCAGUUUUUAGUGUUUCAGAUGCAGAUUCUGGACGUAACCAAGAAGUUAUUUGUUCCAUAGAUGACAAUCUCCCCUUUCUUCUAAGACCUUCAGUGGAGAAUUUCUAUGCUCUGGUAACAGAUGGAGCUCUGGACAGAGAAACCCAAUCUGAGUACAACAUCACCAUCACGGUCACCGACUUGGGGACACCCAGGAUGGAAACCGAGCACAGCAUAACCGUCCUGGUCUCCGACGUCAACGACAACGCCCCUGCCUUCUCGCAGACGUCCUACACGCUGUCGGUGCGCGAGAACAACAGCCCCGCCCUGCACAUAGGCGGCGUCAGCGCCACAGACAGAGACUCAGGCAGCAACGCCCAGCUGACCUACUCGCUGCUGCCGCCCCAGGACCCGCACCUGCCCCUCGCCUCGCUGGUCUCCAUCAACGCGGACAACGGGCAGCUGUUCGCGCUGAGGGCGCUGGACUUCGAGGCCCUGCAGGCGUUCGAGUUCCGCGUGGGCGCCACAGACCGAGGCUCGCCCGCGCUGAGCAGCCAGGCGCUGGUGCGCGUCGUGGUGCUGGACGACAAUGACAACUCGCCCUUCGUGCUCUACCCGCUGCAGAACGCCUCUGCGCCCUGCACCGAGCUGGUGCCCAGGGCGGCAGAGCCGGGCUACCUGGUCACCAAGGUGGUGGCGGUGGACGGAGACUCGGGCCAGAACGCCUGGCUGUCGUUCCAGCUGCUCAAGGCCACGGAGCCCGGGCUGUUUGGCGUGUGGGCGCACAAUGGCGAGGUGCGCACCGCCAGGCUGCUGAGCGAGCGCGACGCGGCCAGGCACAGGCUGGUGGUGCUGGUCAAGGACAAUGGCGAGCCGCCGCUGUCUGCCAGCGUCACGCUGCACGUGCUGCUGGUGGAUGGCUUCUCGCAGCCCUACCUGCCGCUGCCGGAAGUGGCGCCCGAGCGCGCGCAGGCCGACUCGCUGACAGUCUACUUGGUCAUCGCCCUGGCCUCGGUGUCGUCGCUCUUCCUCUUUUCGGUGCUGGUGUUUGUGGCGGUGAGGCUGUGCAGGCGGCGCAGGGCGGCGCCGCUGGGUGUGUGCUCUGUGCCUGAGGGCCACUUUCCUAGCCACCUGGUGGAUGUCAGUGGCACUGGGACCCUGUCCCAGAGCUACCAGUAUGAGGUGUGUCUGGCGGGAGACUCUGGGUCUGGUGAGUUCAAAUUCCUGAAGCCUGUUAUCCCCAACUUCCCUCUUUAGGGAACUGGGAGGGAAAUCGAGGGAAGUCCCACCCUUUGGAAUAGCUUCUUAGUCUGUGAAAUAUUGGAUUAUUAUACUAAACCCUACUUUUUAUGUUUGGAUCAUGUUCUUUAAUGUUAUCGGUGCAUGUUGUUGAUUUUCCCUUUCUUACUUACUUUAUAACUAUUCUUUAUGCUGAAAUUUUGGGGAAAAAGUGAGAUACUGGAGAUAUACCAUAUUUUAUUUAUGUGCUUCAUCUUUUUUUAUUAC